CAGGCGAGAGCUGAGCGCCAGUAAUCGAUAGAGCCAAGGAAGACACAACAGCUCAAGGCAAACACCGAGCCAUCUCAAAGUGGUUAGCAGUAGCACCCGUACGCACGGAAGGGACGAGCCAUGGCGUCUGGGGCGGUGAGACCUAAGCUCGCGUACAUCGUGUGUUACGUCGAAGAUGUGGGCAAGUCGGCCGCCUUCUACGCCAAGGCCUUCAACUACAGCGUCCGCCGGGUCGACGACUCGCACAAGUGGGCGGAGCUGGACACCGGCUCGACGACCAUCGCGUUCACGCCGCGGCACCAGAGGGAGACGGACGCGCUCACGGGCGAGGUGCAGCUGCCCAAGUCGCCCCGUGAGCGAGGGCCCGUGGAGAUCUGCUUCGACUACGACGACGUCGACGCUGCGUACCGGCGGGCCGUGGAGAACGGGGCGGUGCCGGUGAGCGCGCCGGAGCAGAAGAACUGGGGGCAGAAGGUCGGCUACGUCAGGGACUGUGACGGGAUCACCGUGCGCCUUGGGAGCCACGUCCGCGAGUAGUGGCAUACUUGCUCGUGUCUACUGUAAUGUAUUGUGCUCGUGUCUACUGUAAUGACUCGUAAUGCUGUACUCUGUCGAUACCAAAUAAUAAAUCGCGAUGUCCAGUGACAGCAAGUUAUC